GAACUCGUUUUUCCACGGAGUCCUUAAGGCUCGCUACAGUAUUUCUUAACCUUCAAAGACUGAAUUGGACAUUUCCCUCGUCGACAUCAUCAGAAAGGGUUUCAGUUGCAACAGUCGAUCAUCAUUGAGGAGACAUUCUCUUUCUGCAGAAUUGCAUUCCAUAGUUGUUGCCUUUUAGCAAGUUUUUAACCUAAAAGAAGUAGAAGACACAGUCUUCGAGGCAUCAGUAUGUUGGUACAUACUGUAAGAAUCCUCCACUCGGAGCUACUAUCCUCUGUUAGCAGCAGAUGCUCUCCAGCAGUUUGGCAUCGCUUCAUUAACACCAGUGGCAUUAAGGAAGAUCUUCCUGCAGCCAGUGUUGUUUCUCAGGGGAAAGAAGUGCCUUAUGAAGAAGUCAUCAGGGAAAAGGAGAUAAAAAUCCACACUUGUGGCAAGCUGUAUCAGAAAUGGCGAAGUGAGAAACGAUACUGGACAGUUCCCAAAUCGGACCUUACCUUCGAUGUGAAGUACAUCGACACGGGAUGCAGUGACAAAAGAUCUUUUAAGCCAACGGUUGUUUCUUUACAUGGAUCACCUGGAAAUUACAAAGAAUUCUUUCCUGUUAUAUCACAUCUGUACAAAAAAGGUGUUCGAGUCAUUGCCCCUAACUUCCCAGGUAGCGAUAACAUACAGCCUACGAAAUUUCGUCACACCCCUGAAGAAAAGGCAGAAUUUGUGAGAGAUUUUCUGCGAGCUCUUCGUGUACCCAGUGUGGAUUUAAUUUUGUGCCAUAGCAGUGCAUUAUUUCCUGGCCUUCAUUUAAGCCUGGAAAAUAAAAGCAUAUCUGUGAAUUCUCUGGCUUUAAUAAAUCCAACUGGUUUGGAUAUACCUAGGCUUUUGAGACCUGUUUGGCUAACGAAACCUCUGGUUAGACUGAGCGAAUUUCCACUGGGGUACAAGCUGACAGAAACGGUUGGAAGACGGCUUGCAAAAAAACCAGAAUUGAAAGGUGGUUCUUUUGAAGAACAUUUCCUUUCUGCUUUUACCCUGCUUCAUUCAUCUAUCCCUGAGGUACGGGACUCUUCUUCUUUCUGUACAUCUCUGUACAGUCUGUACGGGACUCUUCUUCUUUCUGUACAUCUCUGUACAGUCUGUAAGCAACUUUUACACUUUGUCGAUAUCCUAGUUGAAUGUAUACAUUUUAAUCCACUGGGGUACAAGCUGACAGAAACGGUUGGAAGACGGCUUGCAAAAAAACCAGAAUUGAAAGGUGGUUCUUUUGAAGAACAUUUCUUUUCUGCGUUUACCCUGCUUCAUUCAUCUAUCCCUGAGCAAGUCGUACCUUUCCAGGCAUUGCUCAAUCAGAAUUUCCCAGUCUUGUUGGCUUUCAGUUACAACGACAAAUUGAUUUCGAAAAAGACUUCGUACAAGAUGGCUGAAAUGAUGGUAGACAUGAAAGAUGUUAUAAUAUACGACAAAGAAGGAAAGGCACAUGGUUCUGGUGGAAUCAAUCCUUUCCGUAAAGUGAUGGCCUUUGAGAAAGGAUCACAUUUCCUUUUCAGAACAUAUCCAGAUAUCAUCUGCGAAGCUAUUUCAUCCUUCCUCUUUCAUCAAGUUGAGAACAGGGUGAAGUGAGCCCCCU